AACAUGGCGGACUCAGCUGAUCGAUCAUAAGCAAAUUUCUGUCGAUAAACCGAGAGUUCCGGAAUGGGAAGAACCGUCAUCAUCGAAGAGAGUGUCGAAAAUUAUAUAUCCUCUCUUUAUGGAAUCCAUAAAUGGCAAAUCGGCCUAAUAAUCGGACAGCUUUCUCCUCAAAGAGACUAUGUCCUUCAUUUGGCUAGGACACCAGAGCAGACAGGAGAUUCAGACGGAGAUUGUAAGCCAGCCGCCAUAGAUGACAUUGAAAACAACUGGAUUGUAGAGCACGCUCAUCAGGUAUCAAGAAUGUUGACUGGAGGCCUAGAUGUGAUUGGAGUUUUUGCUUUUGGUCCUAUGGACAUGCUUACCAAAUCUCAGGUAAAGCUUCGUCAACUUGUGUUCUCCAUUCAGAAGAUUGUGCAACACAAGGCAGCAUCAUAUUUUGAUAACCUCAUUCACAGCAGAAUCUUGCUCCAAAUUUGUUCAGGAACCAAAAAAAUCACUUGUAGGACAAUUGAUGUUUCUGAUCAAAGGGCCACACCAAAUCCAGCUGAAGUGAAAUAUCAGUCAUUCUCUUCAAAGUGGAGUAAACUAGAAGCAUCCUUGUCGUUAACUGAUGGAUGCUUUGAUGUUCCAAGGAAACUUGAGACUUCAGGUCUAAACAAGCAAAUAAUGAGCAGCAUUCACAAGACAUUGCAGAGUAUAUCAAGUGCCUUGUGCACAGUGAAUGGAGAGCUUUAUGCUGAUGAUCAGACUCUUGUAUCAAGUGAAAAGUCUGGAAGAUCCAGUCAAGCUAGUUCUACACAGACAUUUAAAAUUGACCUAUUUACAGAUGAGUCCUGCAACAAUAUGGAACCUGUGGAGGUAGACACAGCAGCCUCUAUAAGGAUCAGUGGCUCAAUGUGUUGUCAAGCUUAUGUGCAUCAGAAAGCCACAGCAGGGGAGGCAGUACAGGCGUUAAAGUAUGAUGCCAUUCGUUGUUUCCUGUCACGUUGUGAAGUUUUAUGCGAAUAUGUUAUGGAAAACCAAGAGGAGAAACCAAACAGAGAAACAUUCUUUUCAACGUGGACAUCUCCUCAAAGAGUGUUUGUCCCUCUUGGCUCAGGACCCGUGAAAGUCUGUGAUUAUGUGUUUAAGGACGAAACAUUGAAGGAAUCCAAAGAGAGAAUAGCAGAGCUCUUAGGUAUUGAACUCAAAGAAGAAGAUUUUGAAUGUAUAGAAGAUUUUCCAGAUGUCCAGACAGUGAGAAGUUUGGUUGAAGAAAUGCAAACUGAGAGCAACGAAGAAAUUACAGAAAGCGAGGAAGUUCAACAAGGACCCGGAAAACGCGUAAUAGGUGCAGUGGUCGGAAUUGUUGUUGCAGUCGUGGCUGCUGGAGUAACUUUCCUUUUGGGUGAACAAACAGGAUGAAAUACAACCCAAAAUAAUGUUCACUAAUUGUAUUUCGAAUUACAUUAAAUUAUUAUUAAGCUCUUCACUCUGUAA